UCUCCCUCCGGUCGGAGUCGGGGACCUCGCAGCCCCAGCUUCAUCGCCGCGACCUGGGCGCGCUCAAUCCCCUUUCACUCGUCCUCCCUGCGAUGUCGGAACAUGCUCAGAAUGCGAGCGUAGGUGACCAGACAGCUGCUGGACCUAGCUCUGAGGCUACUUCGCUACUCUCAGUCAAGGCGGACCCGAAACAAAAUUCUGAACCAACUGAGCCAUCGUUCACUCAGGAUGCCCCUGCGGAUAUCUCUAUGCCUCAGCACUUUGCUGGCUCUGUACCCCAGAGUAUGGGCGUAGAACGCCAGCUGAAUGUCACGGACGCGUUGACCUACCUUGACUCUGUCAAGAUGAAGUUCCAGGACAAGCCAGAGGUGUACAAUCGCUUCCUGGACAUCAUGAAGGAUUUCAAGAGUCAAAUUAUCGACACACCAGGGGUCAUCGAGCGCGUAUCAAACCUAUUUCACGGACACCCAACGCUGAUCCAGGGAUUCAACACCUUCCUUCCCACCGGCUACCGCAUCGACUGCACGACAGAUGCGCAAAACCCCAAUUCGAUCACAGUCACCACUCCCGCAGGAACUACCACCCAAACCACCAAUGGCGCGUUCACGUUUGGCUUCAGCAGCGCCCGUCCCAACGUCCCUCCGGAGAAUGAACACGCCGCCGCACCCUCUCCGAUGCCCGACGUCAACCUGGAGCCCGCACUUGCAUACGUCCAUCGUGUGAAGACACGGUACGUGAACGACCCAGACAAAUAUCGGCGAUUCCUCGAGAUCCUGAAUCCCAAGACGGGUGGCGGCAUCUCCACACACGAAGUCCGUGAGCUCGAACACUGGGCGGUGGCGUUUCUUUCCGCGGGAUACGCUCAGGGCGAGGUCGUGCCGCGCCUGGGGAAGCUGUUCGCGGAUGCGCCGAGCCUCAUGAAAGACUUUCUCGAGUUUUUACCGGACAAGCAUUUGAAGGAAUCGGAAGGCGGAACACCCGCAGGGGAGCCCAAGUCGAGGAAGAAGGGCGAGGGAUCUGCUUCUGGGGCGGCGUCUGUGGCGUCCGCGCCUCCAAAGAGGAAGCGGAAAGUGGCGGAGCGGGACAAGGAGGAUAAGAAGGACAAGGAUAAGGAGUCUGUAACGAAGUCAGCCACUAGCAAGACGAAGAGAUCCCGGCCUUCGCAGGCUCACGGCAGCGACGCUCCCUCGCCAGCUGUCUCGCAGCGAGUAGCAGCGGGCCCAUCUUCCCCACGUCGACCACACGCAUCUCAAGCGCACUCCCAUCACGCAGCCUCUGGAUCAGCUAUGCAAGUUCCACCACCGACCGUGGUUGCGCCUCCGGUACCACAGCCGCUAAGUCCAGCCGACGAGACGCAGUUCUUCGAUCGCGUCAAGCGCGCGCUGGAUAACAGGGACGCGUACAAUGAAUUUUUGAAGCUGGUCAACCUCUUCACUCAAGACAUCAUCGACACCGCGCGGCUCGUUCGUGAAGGACGGUCUUUCCUCGGGGAUGGAGAGCUCAUGGCGCAGUUCAUGGAGAUCCUUGGGUGGGACGAGAUGCGCGACCGGAUCGCUGUCGCGGACGAUGUGUGGACGCGCCCGAUGGUUGCACUAGAGAGGCCUAGUCGGAAUCAGCUGAACAUCCGGUACGGUAGCUACAGGAAGCUCCCUCAAAACGAGGUGAAUGUAACAUGCUCUGGUCGCGACGAGAUGUGCAAAUCCGUCCUGAAUGAUGAGUGGAUCUCUCAGCCGACGUUCGCGAGCGAAGACACGGGCUUCUCGACGCAUCGGAAGAACGUGUACGAAGAGGCUCUGCUUCGGAGCGAAGAGGAGCGCCACGAGUACGACUUCUACAUCGAGGCGAUCAGCCGGACGAUCGUCAUGCUCGAGCCGCUCAACAACAAGAUCGCCCAGCUGACCCCCGAGGAGCGCAACAACUUCAAGCUGAAGCCCAACCUCGGCGGUGCAGGGAAGAGCAUCUACGGCCGCGAGGCCGGCUACGAGGUGUACCAAGCGAUGCAAGACGUGCCUGCGUUCGCGAUCCCCGUCGUACUCUCCCGACUGAAGCUGAAGCACGAGGAGUGGCGGCGGGCGCAGCGCGAGUGGAACAAGAUCUGGCGCGAGGUGGACGCACGGAACUACCACAAGUCGCUCGACUACCAGGGCAUCACGUUCAAGACGACGGACAAGAAGGCGAUCACGACCAAGGCGUUCGUCAGCCAGAUCGAGGCUGCGCGCGACGAGCAGAUGGCGAAACGCGCAGCGCUCAUCGACCCGUUGUUUGCGCGGACAAGGCCGCGCCACCAACUUGAGUUCGUCAUCGAGGACAUACCUAUACUUCAGGACGCCCUGAAGCUCACGUUGUCGUUCUUGGAUCGCACGUCAGGCCAGAUAAACGUCGCGGAUCGGAAGAAGAUCGAGACCUUCCUCCGGGCGUUCAUCCCGACCUUCUUCGUCCUCGACUCUGCACAGUUCGAAGCUGCGUUUGUGCCUCACCAAGAGACGAGCGAGACCGACAUGGAGGUGGAUAGCACCACAGACGACUCCGAUCCGCUGGCGACCGUGCGCCUCGGUAAGCGGAAGGCAAACGGCGCUGGGUCGGGCGGUGAUCUGCGGAAGAAGCUACUGAAGAGCGAACAGGCAAAGUCGAGCAGGCGAACACGCGCACAGGGCACAGGAUCUCCAUCCGUGUCGCGGUUCGCGUCGCCGGCGGCGUCGGAUGCGAUGCAAACCGAUACUGAAGAACAUCCGCAGGAGCAGGGUUCCUCGAACGGCGGCGCUACUGCUGGACCAAGUAGUCCCACUGGGGAGAAACCUGCGAAACGACGGUAUAGCUUCUUCACAAAUACCACGUUCUACGUCUUCUUCCGUUUGCUUGAGCUUCUAUACUCCAGGUUGAUAUACUACCGGGCCCUCGCUGACAAGAUAGCUGCCGAUCCGAAGGCCGUGACAAGGCCGAGGCAUACCCCAACUGACCUAGGGAGCUUACCCGAGCGUGCAACGAACGCGCGUCACUUCUACACCCUCAUGCUCGAGUCGUGCGAGAAGCUCUUCGACAAUGAGCUCGAGCAAGCUGUGUUCGAAGACCAGCUGCGGUGGAUGUUCGGUCCGCAGCCAUUGCAAGCAGGUGCGUCGCUAUACGCUAUUCCGCCGGAGCUGUGCCUAAGCUCUUCGCAGGUCCAGAACGUACUGAGCGACGCCAAGAGCCAAGAACUCUUCGAGUUCCUCCGUCGGGAUCGAGAGCUCGUGUCGCCAACAACUCAGGACCAGAUCAAUGCCCGGCGGAACACAGAACGGGUGGUUGGGCCUGACGAGAACAUCUUCCGAAUAGACUGGCUGCCUGACAGCAAGAUGGUGACUGUGCAACUCUUCGGGAAGGAUGACUCGAGGUUUGUCGACUCCGAGGCGCUCACUGGACGGUGGCAAGCAUACGUUCAAUCAUACGUAUCAGACGACCGGACACAAGGGGUCCCUACCCGCGCAGGUUCUAAGCGGCCGUUCCUCCGGAAAUCGAGGUUACCAAUUGCAACAGAUGAAGUACCCGAGGUCGUUGCGCAUGGCGGGUUGGAGAUCAAGGUAUGCGUACGGACGUACCGGCUCUUCUUUGUCUCCGACACCGAAGACUAUCUCUGGCGCGUCGUCGACUCAGAUGAGAUCUCUUCUGCGCGCGAGAAGGGACGGAUACAAAGCAACAAGAGACGGCAGUGGUUGGAACGAUUCGCAAGGCAACGGGAGGAGCCGCAGCAACGGAAAGAGCAGAGUAAUCCCGAUCCUUCCGUCGCUCCUCCUGGCCCGGAGGCUAAGUCGAAGUCUCCUGAAGAAAGCCAGCAUGACCAGGAGGCUCCGCGGCCUGAGGGCGAGCCUUCCUCACGAAACCACAGGAGACCUUCAUGAUACUACUCCGGCCCAUCCAUUUGCACCUCGUCCUGUAUGGAUGCAUAUCCGGUGAUCUACCUUCGACCUUCGUCUGUUUCCAUGUUGUGUUCAUGUACGUAUGUAUGUAGUAUAAUACUAUUACGCUAGUGAGGGAUGUCAGUGAAGACAUGGUACUAUCCAUCUGGACAAUCCGGCGCUUGAGCACUUGAACGUUUGAAGACCUUCACUCGAAAUGCCGCCAUUUUGCCCUCGUACCACACCAUUAGCUACCACCCCUCAAACUGAUCCCAUUGCU